CUCUCUCUCUCUCUCUCUCUCUCUUUGUGUAUCUCUGUCAAUCAAAUGGGGGGAAACUCUCCAUGCGCUUCCUGCAAAUUGCUACGACGAAGAUGUGCAAAGGACUGCAUUUUCGCCCCGUUCUUCCCUUCCGACGACCCCCAGAAAUUCGCCAUUGUUCACAAGGUCUUCGGCGCCAGCAAUGUUAGCAAAAUGCUACAGGAGCUUCCAAUCCAGCAGAGAGCUGAUGCAGUGAGCAGCCUAGUCUAUGAAGCGAAUGCGAGGGUGCGGGACCCCGUCUACGGGUGUGUCGGGGCGAUCUCGUACCUACAAAACCAAGUGUCUCAGUUGCAAAUGCAGCUAGCUGUGGCCCAAGCAGAAAUAUUGUGUAUUCAGAUGCAGCAGGAGCCCAGCUUGCCAGACCAACAAAUGGAAGCUGAUGAGAAAUCAUUUGUCACGCCCAAUAACCUAAACAGCCUUCCUCAGUUCAUGAACUAUGGCACUUCUAGCAAUGUAACAAUUCAAGAGCCUCUUAAGAGAGAGUCUCUUUGGACAUGA